CCUCUACUUCUCAGUACUAACUCCUCACUCCUCAUAGUGCUAGUAAUUUUUUUUUUCCUUUUAAAUUAAGAUACGGGGGAUUUUCUUCUAUUACAGCCUCACAGGAUGGAGAAUAAGGAGGCGAACCCAAAUCAUACCUAAGAAGAGAUAGAGGGGUUUAUCAUCCCCUACUAACUCCUCACUCCUCAUAGUGCUAGUAAUUUUUUUUCCUUUUAAAUUAAGAAAUGGGGAAUUUUCUUCUAUUACAGCCUCACAAGAUGGAGAAUAAGGAGUCGAACCAGAUAAUACCUAAGAAAGACAAAGGGGUUUACAAUUCCCUUCCCUCUUCACUCCUCACUUCUCAAGUGCUAGUAAUACAGAGCCACCAAAUCCACCAUUAUAUUUAACAAAAAUAAAUAAAUAAAUAAAUAAAAUUCCACCAGUAUAAAUCUCAGAUGGACUUAUUGAGCACAAUCGCCAUCACCAAACUCAGCUUGAGCCAUCAUCAUCUCCACCUGCACUGCUGCACCCUGCCAAAAUCGUCAGAUCUUUUCUCUCCUCCAUGAUUAAGCUUAAAAGUUGCUAAUCAUUGAAAAUCUAUACUACAAUAAUUGGCCAUGAGCCACCAUCUUCACCGCCCCAAAGUCGUCGGAUCAACCUCUUCUCCUCUUUCCUCUGUGAUGAGAAUUGGCAGACAUUCUAUGGUGAAGCAAACAGUUUUUACCCUUUCCCUUGUUUUAGUUCUUUACUUGUUCUUCAACACCUUCUUCCUCUCUCCUCUCAGCCCCCAUUCGUCCGUUGAUUCUGCCUCUUCUUCGUUCUCGCUUUUCAACAAUAAUGGUGAUAAUUCGGCGAAGAAGGUGAAGAUUUACAUGUAUGAUUUGCCUAGGAAGUUCACUUAUGGUGUGAUCGAAAGCUAUGCGAUGGCAAGAAGUGGGAUCAAAUCACCGGUGUCAGAUGAUUCGGAGCUUAAGUAUCCUGGGAAUCAACAUUCCGCUGAGUGGUACUUGUUUUCUCAAUUGGGUAAGGAUGAGAAACACCGAGUUGACUCGGCUGUUUUGAGGGUUUUCGACCCCGAAGAGGCGGAUUUGUUCUACGUUCCAUUUUUCUCGUCCUUGAGUUUGGUGGCGAAUCCAAUUAGGGCUGCAAAUGCGAAUGCCGGUAACGGGGCUGUUUCUGGGGUUUAUAGUGAUGAGAAGAUGCAAGAGGAAUUGAUUGAUUGGUUGGAAGAGCAAGUGUAUUGGAAGAGGAAUAAUGGGUGGGAUCAUGUAUUUAUAUGCCAAGAUCCUAAUGCUUUGUAUAAGGUUGUUGAUAAGAUUAAGAAUGGUAUUCUACUGGUUUCUGAUUUUGGUAGGUUGAGGCCUGAUCAGGCUUCCCUUGUGAAGGACAUUAUCUUGCCAUAUUCGCAUCGGAUUAAUUCUUAUAAGGGUGAUAUAGGUGUUGAAAAUCGUAAAUCAUUGCUCUUCUUCAUGGGUAAUAGGUACAGGAAAGAGGGUGGAAAGAUUCGUGAUGUGCUCUUUGAAAUUCUUGAGAAUGAAGACGACGUUGUUAUAAAGCAUGGUGCACAGUCUAGAGAGAGUCGACGUGCAGCUACACAAGGAAUGCACACAUCAAGGUUCUGCUUGCAUCCUGCUGGCGAUACUCCAUCCGCUUGUCGUCUCUUUGAUGCCAUUGUAAGCCUGUGUAUACCAGUUAUAAUCAGUGACCGUAUUGAAUUACCUUUUGAAGAUGUCAUAGACUACAAGAAAAUCGCAAUAUUUGUGGAUACCAACUCAUCAAUGAAGCAUGGCUUUCUUGUUAAAUUACUCCGGACUGUUACUGAACAUAAAAUUUUGGAAUACCAGCAGGAGAUGAAGAAGGUCAAGCAUUAUUUUGAAUACGAGGAUCCGGAUGGAACAGUAAAUGAAAUCUGGCGUCAAGUUAGUUUGAAAGUUUCCCUGGUUAAGCUGAUGAUCAACCGAGACAAACGGCUUGUAAGAACGGAGUUGUCUCAAUCUGAUUGCUCUUGCAUUUGUUCAAAUCAAACAGGCACCUUAACCACCUUAUAGGGUCAUUGUUUUGAACUACGUACAUCAGCUGUCUGCUUCUUUGCUUCUAAUUCAGGGUACUUCGCAGAAAACCUCAAAACUGAAAUUGCAGUAGCUCUACGUUAUCUGUAGAAGUAAAGAUAGACAUUCACUGUGCACCGCGGCUGCUUGUCAGACUGGCUAUGAUUCAUGUUCAUGUCGCGGAUCUGACAUUUUGUUAACUCAAAUGGAUGCUCUUGCGCUCUUGGUGAGUUGGUGAUUCAAUUAAACCAGAGAGAAUGUAAUGGCGAGAAAAUAGGGGAGAAUUUUAGUAAUGUAACUAUAUAUAUGUUUUUUUCAAGUCUAGUAAUGUAAACUAUAUUCUUUUUUCGAAAAUAUCAACAAGCAUUGUUUUCCGUC